AUGCACGAGUAUUUCGUGUGCACCGAAUAUUGGGAUUUGGGAGGACAGGCGCCCGCACUCCGCCUCCGCUUCCCUCCGCCUCGACUCUCGACCGCAUCUGAGCACUCCGCCGGAGGUCCGCCUCCGCAGGCACCGCCACGCCAUGUCGAAGCCAGCGGAUCAGCAGCCGUCGGACAUGCAGGUCGACUCCUCCGUCGCCGAGGAGAAGCCGGCCAUCAGAUUCUCCAUCAACGUGCUUGAGCUCAUGAGGGAGGCGCAGAUGCAGCAUGGUCUCCGCCAGAGCGACUACACGCGGUACCGGAGAUACUGCUCUGCACGACUCAGAAGGCUGUACAAGUCUCUCAAGUUUUUGCAUGGCCGAGGUAAAUACAACAGAAGGAAUAUAACCGAGUCAACAGUCACGGAUGUGAGUGUUUUAUAUGGCCGAGCGAGCAUGGAGUCAUGCCAUGGAGAAGAAAACUGCUGGUACAAACGCAAAACAACGCAUCUACAUGUUGGGUCGAUUUCGGAAAGCAGUUAAAUGGGCAUCACUUUUUUCACAAUUAUGUUCUGUAAAAGGAGAUUCCAGGACAUCUCUAGAAGCUGAGGCAUAUGCUUCAUAUAUGAAGGGUGCUUUGUUUUUUGAGCAAGACAAGAAUAUAGAUGCCGCAAUGAUAAAUUUCAAGAAUACGAGGGCUAUAUAUGAGGAGCUUGGGAAGUAUGGCAGUAUAGAAAAUCAACUUUUAUGCCGUCAGCGCAUCGACGAAGUGGAGCCUAUGAUUGAUUUCUGUUCACAUAAACUAGGUGGAUCAUAUUUGCAAGCACAUGAACUCCUGGAUACUGCUAAUGAUCUUCUCAAGGCGAAGAUGGAGGCUGUAUUGUCUGAGACAAGAUCACAGCAGGCAGCUUCCAUGACUGAGUUUAAAUGGCUUGGUCGCACUUUUCCUAUUACAAAUGCAAAGACCCGUGUCUCUAUUUUGAAAGCCCAGCAGCUUGAGAGAGACUUGAGUGCUGCAGCCACAGAAUCAGUUGCUGCUGACAAAAAGCUUGCUAUAUUUGAUAAAAUAUUUUCUGCAUACCAUGAUGCUCGGAGCUGCAUCCGCAAUGACCUGGCUUCUGCUGGCAAUGCUGAGGAUAUAAAAGAUGACCUGAAUGGUCUUGACAAGGCUGUUAGUGCUGUUCUAGGAUUGAGAACUAUAGAACGUAACCAGUUACUUGUUAGCAUUGGUAAAAGUAAAUUCACAAAGCAUCGAGAUGAAAAAAAUGAGCGAACCACAAAGCCAGAAGAACUUGUUCGGCUAUAUGAUCUGCUUAUUCAGAAUGUAACGGACUUGACAGAUUUAGUUAGCUCUGGAAGAAACAAAAAUGAAGAAGAAAACUCUUUUAUUCAUGAGUAUGAGCUGAAAGGCUUGGCUUUCCGAGCUGAGAGAUGUUUCUUUUUGGCUAAGUCAUAUAGUUCAGCAGGCAAAAGAGCUGAAGCAUAUGCAUUAUUCUGCCAUGCCCAUACUCUCACUGGUUCUGCACUGCAACAGCAUUCAAACAGUCAUGACAAGGCUUUAAUACAAGAUCUGGAGUUUCUAUCUAACAACUGUAGAUCAAAUAGCUGCAUAGAACAUGCAACAGGCAUUAUGGAGGAGGAGAUUGUUCCUUUAAAACUUUCUAAAGGAGUCUCAACUAUGUCACUUGCUGAUAAUAAAACAAAGGAGAACAAGUAUCUCCUUGAUAUGCUAGAGAGCUAUGAAUCAGCGAUUGGUGAGCCGAACACCAAAGCUCCAUGUCGCAUUGCUCAAUUCCCACCUCCUUUCCAAGCAGUUCCAUGCAAUCCUAUUGUGCUUGACAUGGCUUACAACUCAGUUGAGUUCCCAAACCUUGAGAACCGUAUGAAAAAAGAAAAGAAGGGUCUUCUGAGCAGGUUCUGGGGUUGAAAGAUGGCAUAUGCCUAGGAUUUUGGUACAUUGUCCCAUCAUUUGAUAUGCUUUGUGCAUGAACGGUGUAAAACUAGAAUGUCCUGAUAAUACCUCUCUGAUGGGUGAAAGAUCUUCAGUAUUCCGCCCAAGGAUUUUUGAGAUUCUUUAUCAGAAGGUUAAUUUAGCCGUUGCAAAGUACAUCUAGCUCGGUGACUGAUCAGCAUAACCUUUUGCUGUUACUAAAUUUUGAGCAAUGACUGAUUUCUUGGAUUAUCGAUAUUUAAGUUGAUUCA